AUGUCGGCCUAUAUGGGAAAAUAUGCUGACGAGCUUAUCAUCAACGCGAGGUACAUUGCCAGCCCUGGGAAAGGAAUUCUUGCAGCAGAUGAAAGUACCUCGACAAUUGGAAAGCGUUUCCAGAACAUAAAUGUGGAAAAUGUAGAGCAGACCAGAAAGGAUUACAGAGAGCUUCUCUUUACGGCACCAGGCGUGAUGAAAUACCUGAGCGGCGUGAUCCUAUACGAAGAAGCCCUGUAUCAAAAGACCAACUCCGGGAAGCCGUUUGUUGAACUAAUGAAAGAAGGUGGCGUUCUCCCGGGAAUCAAAGUCGACAAAGGAAUUGUUGAACUCCCUGGUACCGACGGUGAAACCGCUACAACGGGUUUAGAUGGACUUGGAGAAAGAUGUGCAGCAUACUACAAGGCCGGUGCCCGCUUUGCCAAAUGGAGAGCAGUCCUGAAAAUCGGUGAGAAGGAACCAACUGACCUGGCAAUAGAUGAAAACGCACAUGGUUUAGCAAGGUACUCCAUCAUCUGUCAAGAGAACGGACUGGUACCCAUAGUUGAGCCCGAGAUUCUAUCUGACGGUUCACACGACAUAAAAAAGUGUGCGGAAGUAACCGAGAGAGUCCUCAUUGCCUGCUACAAGCACCUCAUUAACAACCAUGUCCUUCUCGAGGGAACGCUGCUCAAGCCAAACAUGGUUACUGGUGGCUCGGACGGACCAAAGUCGAGCAAUGAAGAUAUUGCGCGCUACACCAUUCUUGCACUUCAAAGGACGGUUCCUGUUGCUGUGCCAGGAAUCAUGUUCCUGUCUGGUGGCCAGAGCGAGGAGGAGGCAACGCUCAACCUCAACGCCAUGAACAAGUUCAACACCAUGAAGCCGUGGACGCUUAGUUUCUCGUAUGGACGAGCAUUGCAGCAGAGCACUCUGAAGGCCUGGUCCGGAAAGAAGGAGAACAUUCCAAAUGCGCAGAAAGUACUUCUCGGGCGUUGCAAGGCCAACUCUGAUGCCACACUCGGGAGGUAUGUUGGAGGGGCAGGUGGUGCAAGUGCAUCAGAGAGCCUUUACGUGAAGAAUUACAAAUACUGA